AUUCUCCUUCACUUUUCUGGAAAUGUGUAUAGGUAACCAUGAUGGUCACAGAUAACCACAAUUCAGAUAAUAUUUUGCAGAACUCAAAGCAUAAAUCACAGAUUACUUUCUUUGCUGUGUCUGCGGUGUUCUUACCAAUCUUCUAAAGUAGACCGGAGCGAGUGUUAGUCUCUGCAGAGCUUAUGGCGAGUGAGGGCGGUGGUUGGGUCACGUGUGAUCUCUGUUUGCUGGAAGUGGGAUUCUGUACAAAAUACAUAUGGCGGUACUGGAAACUCGUACUAAAAGAAGACUCCAGAUCAAUGGCUGAGGAGGGUAAUUGUGAGAGCUCCCCAGCGGGCCCGAGUUCGACUCCCGCUGUGGUUACGACGACACCCGAACCAAAACUGGAGAUGUCCUCGUACAUGAAGCAGCUGAUGGCUGAGAAGCAGAAGCUGGAGGAAGAAACCGGACCAGACUUGCAGCUGGCACAUAGACUUCUGACCACUGAACUGGAACGGCUGCAGAAUGGGGGCCGUUCGUUGCACUCCACUAGUAACGGCAACCGGGCGAACAAUGAGGACAGGCGGUUUGCAGAUAUCAUCAAGGAAAAACCCAUAAAGGUCACCAUCCGUGUGUUGGUUCCGGUCAAGGAACAUCCAAAGUUUAACUUCGUGGGGAAGCUGCUGGGGCCCAAAGGCAACUCCCUCAAGAGACUGCAAGAGGACACCAUGACAAAGAUGGCGAUUCUGGGCAGGGGCUCUAUGAGGGACAAGCACAAGGAAGAAGAACUUCGCACCUCCGCCGACCCCAAGUACGCGCAUUUUAACGACGACCUGCACGUGGAGAUCACGGCCUUUGCUCCCCCCGCAGAGGCCCACGCCAGGAUCGCGUACGCUCUGGCCGAAGUGCGCAAGUUCCUCGUGCCGGAUUACAACGACGAGAUACGACAAGAACAGAUGCGGGAGAUGCAGCUUCUGAACACAGCAGUGCUGGGCCUUUCCUCUCCUGCAGCGGACCUCGUGGACACUUCUUCUCCCACUGCCCAGAGUCCCACCACCUCCCCACCUCCUACAUCCACCAGCAAGACCAACAGUACUGGCAGCAAUCAAAAUGGCCGACACAUGCAAGCUAUACCGUACACUCAACAAAAUGGCCGGAAUUAUCUGUUCGGUCAACAGUUACUCCUACAUCCCGCAUUCCGUGGAUUAUCAGCUCGGACUCAACUUCCCGGAGUGACGUCAGUUUUCCACUCUGGUGGCGGAGGUUCGAUACUGAAUCGGUUGCGACCGCACUACCAUCUAGCGGCACCAUCAGGAAUUAGUACAUCAAACAAUCGCCUUUCGCCUGGCGCUGUCAUAUCACCAACAAAACACCAACGCAACAAUAUCCUUUCAAUUCUCGCUGGUGGACCGCGGUCUGUGAUUGGUGGAGGUCUGACGACAGUGGACUCUGUGCCGUCUGGUGGUGGGAAUGAGCAGCUCUUGGCGACCAUGUGUGGUGCGUCUGAUGACGUGAUGGUUGCUGCUGGCGAGGAAGACGACAUGGCGUCUGCCGUGUAUGGGUUGUAUGACGCGGCCGCAGCGGUAGCUUCUGGUACAGGGUAUGGUCUGAUUGAAACUUACGCCAACGGGAACAACGUUCUUGCGGCUGAGAACAUGGAGGACAUCACAGGACCACAGGACACAGUGAACGGCACCGCAGCGUCUGCUGACCUCACAACGGCCAGAUCGGAAGGUGGGGCGAUCAAGAUAGAUCGAGCCCGUUACAGACACGACCCUUACAGCAGGUACACGGGUGUCAAACUGCCGCUGUAAAACCGCAGUGGAUACAUCAGCUGGAGGAACUUCAGCGAAACUGCCUCGAAGAAUGCACUGACAACAGCGCUUGUUCACCAGACGUCACGACGCUAGGUGCCGAUCCAGAUAUUUUACGUGUAUCAGUAUUAUGUUCGAUAUUCUUAAUCGUCUGAGGUGUUUUGAUAUGUAGGCCUACGAUGUUUUCUAAGGUCAUUAUACUCGAGACGUAGCGUGUAUUAAAUACCUCAGUCGAUAAUGUCUAAUUAUAUCACCGUUGUCACAAAUCUUCAGAGAAUCAUGAGAUUUCUUGUCCGCCAGUGUAAAGGAAAUGUAGACUUGAUUAUAAAAUUAUACGAGAUCUGAACUGAAUUUAUCUGAAUCAGAAGAGACCCUUUAAUCCCGUUACGAGUUACUGUGAAGAUGGCAAUGAACCUUCGGGUCCUAUACAACACGGAAUUUCAUGACGAGUUGAGGGAGUGUUAACAAUCUUGCCGACAGGGACCGUUUCCAUGGUUUUAGUUAAUCACGUGCGUGUUUUUUAAAAGGAAAUUUUAGUUUCCGAUAAGGUUGUUUAUCUUCACGCUGGCCGACAGAAAUUGAAGGUUGCAGUGCGAAAGGGGGAAGCCCCCAGUUGUGCCUGAAAUUAGUUUUGCGUGGUUUUAUAUGCAGAAUAUCUUCCGAACGGCGCCGCCCGUCACUAGUUACAAUGCUGAAUUAAACUGGAAUCUCGUCGUGUUGCGGUUUGAGCAAGAACAAGGUGGCUUCAGGAUCAGCCUCGUUUUUCGAGAAAAUCUGCAGCGCGUUGUAUCCAUAUUUGUUAAUAUUUUAGAGAUUUCACUGCUAAAGUGAGGCAGUUCCAAAGCGUUUGUUAUUUUUUUGAAAAAAUACAAAUGGCGUCAGUGCAGUAUCACAUAAUUAAAACUAUAUCCUGUGAAGAAGGUAAAUAAAUACAAUAAUUAUAAUUGUUAUGUGUAUUUUUCCCCAAGAGAUUGUUAAAUUGGGAAGACGUGUAUUUUGAACUUGACUUCUCCAUAUUGCUCACAAUAUGGUGUCAUAAGAAUAUGAUAUGCCAAAAGGGAAUACAAAUUUCGUUCUUGAAGAGUGGUAAGCCGCUCACAGAUUGGGAAAGCGUGUUAAGAAAUUGCUCUCAGCAUAUUUCUAUUAUUUUUGUGACUACCUAGUCAUCAAACCAUUCUUUCUCCUUGUAUCAAUAAUUAUUGGUAAAAUUCUGCAACGCAGACGCACAGCGCUCAACUUUGACUGCAUUCCCAGGAAAUUAAAUAGAGUCACUGUUUUGAAAGCUUUUAAUAACCACAAAACAGUUACGAACAAUUAACCAGGCUUUACAAGUUUAUUUUUCUAAAUGUAGAUGGUCAGUGGGGACAACUUACAUUAUUCAGAGCCUUCGUAUAUUUGUUGUAAACCAGUCCACAUUGUUAUUACGCUGAUAUUUUUCGUGGGUAUUUUGUGUAAUGUGUUUGCUUACUGAUUGGAGUCGCUCUAAUUUUGUUUUGAGAUAAACGCUAACGAAAUUCCUGGCAAACAAAAUCAUAUUCAAACGCAGUUCCAGAAGGAACAUUGUUUCGUUAUGAAUGCUAGGGAUGACGGUUUUUCUUACCGUGAACACUACAUAUGCGACUGUAGCUAGCAAACUCCCCGAUUCGGGGGCACUUAUAACACGCCGUCAGUUAUUAACCCAUUCCAUGAUAUGCACUAGCCAUUUCUCUUGAAAUUUGGUCAGUUCGAUGUUUAUUUGGUUUCUUGUGAGAUUAACGGAGCUCCUACGGCCAACUCUCGACAGCUGAAGAUACUAAUAUUCUUUAUUUUCAACAAUAUAAAUUUUACAUUGGCGUGUUUAUAUACUAACCGAAAACGUUUCUUUAAGUGAAAAGGAAAUUUGGAUUAAUUUAUUCAGCACAAGUUGUUGUCACAAAGUCUUCUGUCAGUAUGCAGUGUUUCCAAUGUUUUGGCAGCAAACACAGAAAGUACAAUGCAUAAAUUACGCGAAUGCAACGUUUUGUGCAAAAAGAGUGCGAAAAUCAGUUGUUGCUAUUUUAAUUCACUGACAUAUCAGACGUUAUAGAUCCUUUCUACGCUUAUAAGUUCUAUGAACUCCGCUCUCUUACAAAUGACGUAAAUUACUGAGAUUUUAUUUGUUUAAAAACUUUAGAAAGGGGACGUACUUACAUCGUUCAUAUUCUAAACUCUUCAUUUGUGUUAAAUUAAGCGAUAAAUAUGUAAGAGCGGUGAUAUCAGUUUACUUAACAAGGCUGUAGAUCAGGAUCCAGUCGUACGCUAAUCUUUUUUUAUCACAUCAGUAAGCAUCAACUUUAAACGCCGGGCGAGACAUGCAAGUAAUUUCGUUUUACGUUUCUUAGCUACGUGUCUAGCACAAGUCAGAUCAGAAAUUGUCGUCUACCCGCGGCCGAACUAUAAUCAUUAAGUAGCCUAUAUAAAUCUGAGUAGGUUUUAGCUUUUCACGGU